AUGUCUAACAAUCGCAAUAAAUAUGAGAAAGCUCGAAGACGUUUAUCUGCUGUGACAUUUCUAUCAAAUAUAUCAUUAGAUGGGAAGAUGAGAGACCCGGAGUUGGUUCAUGUAGUUGAAAAAACCCCCAAAAAAGACAAAAUAGAAUCGGCUUCAAAAGCAAUUGAUAUUGUCAAGGAUACUGCUUUACGAAACAGUGUCCGACACAAGAAUAAAGCGUCAAAUUCAAGCCCAGUCCACCGUAUUGGCGCCGACAAUCAUUCUGUUAGCUCAGAUUCAGAACACACCAACACCAUAACACCUGUAAAGGGUGUAAAUACUUCUUUCAUCAGGGAAAGAUGUUCUUCGGGAACAACAGAAUCAUUUAAGGAAAAGCAUGGUUCAUCUAGAUCUAGGAAAACUCACCUUGUUACCCUCACUGGUUCUAAUGCAGAUGAAAAAAGCAGUUCAGAAAGCCUUAACUUUGGCAAGUUUCGAACCAGUAACACUUGUAUCCCAGAACAUCAUGCAUUAACAAAAGAGGUCCGCAUGGUAAGACCAAAUAAAGGAGUUUCAUUCAGGGAUGAGAGACUGGCAAUAGCACCAGGACAGGGUGCCCCUUGUAUUAUAUUCAGCACUAUACCAUACUCUAAGACUGUUCGCAAUGCACGUUCUGAUCUAAGAAAGGAUGGUGUUAGGAGGAGAAACACCUCAGGGCCAAGACCACUCUCAUCCAUUACCGACAAUGGUAUGGAUCCCUUUGACCUUCUUGGUUUGGAGAAGGAAGAAAAUGGUCAGGAAAUAUCAUACUCAAAGCUGUUGGUGCCUUCAAAAGUAUGUACUAGGGAGCAGUAUAAAAAAAUGUAUGAAGGUGAUUUCACUGAGAAGGCUAAUUGGAAAAUAGUAAACAGACAUCCCCAUGUGAUUGCCAGGACUAAGUUAUUGACGAGGCACAAGGAUAAAAAAUGGUGUUUUUCUUAUGAAUCAUCUCAGAGGACUGCAAUUCCAUCAUCUCCUCCACACUCUUCAGUUGAUAUGAAAACAUUUGACUGGGAUGAAGGGACGUUACUCUCGCAAAAAUAUGUUCAAUACUGCCCCAAUGUGCUAGAUGACCCAGAGCUCAUAGCUGGCAAGCACAGAACACUUCUGACGUUCACAUCCUACAUGACGUCUAUCAUUGACUACGUGCGGCCACAAGACCUCAAAAAGGAACUAAAUGAUAAGUUCAGAGAGAAGUUCCCUCAUAUAAAAUUGACUCUCAGUAAAUUAAGAAGCAUCAAGAAAGAAAUGCGUAAGAUUGCUAAACACGACAGUGGUGGAGUUGAUUUACUGUCAGUCGCCCAGGCGUAUGUUUACUUUGAGAAAUUGAUUCUUGCAAAUCUCAUUAACAAAGACAAUAGGAAAUUAUGUGCUGGGGCGUGUUUACUGUUGUCUGCGAAACUCAAUGACGUGAAAGGAGAAGCUUUGAAGUCGCUUAUAGAGCGCAUCGAAACCACGUUCAGAGUAAAUAGGAAAGAUUUGUUGCGGUUCGAAUUCGCAGUACUAGUGGCUUUGGAGUUUGGCUUGCAUGUACCUCCCUAUGAGGUGUUCCCGCACUAUCAGAGACUGCUCCACGACUCGUGA